AUGACAUCUGUCCCCAGCCUUUCACAACUAUCAGAGGAGACACUCAAGAAACUCCCACGACCAGGUAAUGACUUUGAUAUUCACGAAGGAAAACUCCUGGCGCCGAUACUCCGAACCCGCAUACCAGGAACCCCCGGAUCGAUCGCUGUCUUGAACCAUUUCAACGACUUCUUCAAACAAACAUUACCGGACUGGACAGUUGAGUUUCAGAAUUCGUCCGCCAGAACGCCUAUUAGCGGGAAUAAGGAGGUACCUUUUGUGAAUUUCAUAGCCUCGCGGGAUCCACCAUGGGCAUCAAAGGGGGACGUGGGAAGAUUGACUCUCGUCGCGCAUUACGACAGUAAAUACGAACCGAAAGGCUUCAUCGGUGCGAUUGAUAGCGCGGCACCGUGUGCCAUGAUUAUGCAUGCCAUGCGAAGCAUUGAUGCGGCUCUGACGCGGAAAUGGGAUGAUAUGCAAGCAAAGGGCGAUGGGCUGGAUUCGGGGCUUGAUGCACAUACGGGGAUUCAAGUGCUCUUUCUCGAUGGAGAAGAGGCUUUCAAGACGUGGACAGAUUCGGAUUCAUUAUACGGGUCACGAUCGCUUGCGGAAACGUGGGAUGAGACGACACAUUCGGCAAUGUCAAUAUUUCGGACACCUUUGUCUUCUAUAUCGCUGUUUAUGCUGCUUGAUUUAUUAGGGUCGAAAGACCCUACCAUACAAUCUUACUUUCCCACAACGCACUGGGCUUAUCAGAACCUUGCAAGCUUGGAAGGACGACUCCGGAAUCUAAAGCAGUUCAAAUCUUCGCCGAAUUACGACAUCAAAUCUGGACACGUAGACGAACCACAGUGGCUCGUCGACGCCGAGAAGAGCGAGCAUCUUCUCAAGAGCUGGACCGCUAUUCAGGAUGACCAUGUCCCAUUUAUGCGCCGAGGAGUAGACGUUCUGCAUAUUAUUGAUACACCUGGCAGGGCGAACUUUCCGACUGUCUGGCAUACCAUCCAUGACGACGGCGAACAUCUCGACCUUCCGACAGUCGAAGACUGGAGUAUGCUUAUCACGGCAUUUGCUGCAGAAUGGAUGGAGUUGGAGGGGUACUUCGAUGCGCAGGAUGCCGCCGAGAAGAUGUAUAUUCGGAAAACUGAAUUGUAA